GGUUUUCCUUGUGCUCUUCCCAAGUCAGCCCACCGCUCCGAAUUCAAUUCACAGAAACGCACUCAGACACCGGGAGAGAAGGAAAGAUAGAGAAUGAGAACGAAGAGAGCAUUGGCCAUAUCUCGACCAAUCUUCUUUUUCUUAUGCUUUUUCGCAUUCAAUUUCAAUCUCUGUCACGCGCUCUACGGACCAUCUUCACCAGUGGUUCAGCUAAACCCUUCCAACUUCAAGGCCAAGGUUCUGAACUCGAAUGGAAUUGUUCUGGUUGAGUUUUUUGCGCCAUGGUGUGGCCACUGUCAGGCUCUAACGCCUAUAUGGGAAAAGGCCGCCGCCGUAUUGAAAGGUGUCGCCACUGUGGCAGCACUUGAUGCUGAUGCACACCAGUCCCUUGCUCAGGAAUAUGGGAUUAAAGGAUUUCCUACCAUAAAGGUGUUUGCACCUGGAAAGCCUCCAGUAGAUUACCAAGGAGCUAGAGAUGUCAAACCCAUUGCAGAAUUUGCACUUCAACAGGUAAAGGCACUUCUAAAGGAACGAUUAAGUGGAAAAGCAGCCGGAGGAUCAAAUGGAAAAUCUGAACCAAGUGCUUCAGUGGAAUUGAAUUCCCGCAAUUUUGAUGAAUUGGUGCUUAAAAGUAAGGAACUUUGGAUUGUCGAGUUUUUUGCACCCUGGUGUGGACAUUGUAAAAAAUUGGCUCCUGAGUGGAAGAAGGCUUCUAAUAACUUGAUGGGCAAGGUGAAGCUAGGUCAUGUUGACUGUGACUCAGAAAAGUCUCUGAUGAGCAGGUUCAAUGUUCAAGGGUUUCCCACCAUCUUGGUAUUUGGAGCUGACAAAGAUAGCCCAAUCCCCUAUGAGGGUGCAAGAACUGCCUCGGCAAUUGAAUCAUUUGCUCUUGUGCAGCUGGAAACAAAUAUUGCACCUCCUGAAGUGACUGAGCUGACUGGCACUGAUGCCAUGGAGGAGAAAUGCGGUUCAGCUGCCAUCUGUUUUGUUGCUUUCCUGCCUGACAUUUUGGAUUCCAAGGCUGAAGGGAGGAACAAGUACAUUCAGCAGUUAUUAACUGUUGCAGAGAAGUUCGGAAGGAGUCCAUACAGCUAUGUCUGGGCAGCAGCUGGUAGGCAGCCAGAUCUAGAGAAGCGUGUAGGUGUUGGUGGGUAUGGUUAUCCUGCUUUGGUAGCCUUGAACGUGAAGAAAGGUGCAUAUGCCCCACUUAAGAGUGCAUUUGAACUUGACCAGAUUGUAGAGUUUGUGAAGGAAGCUGGACGUGGAGGAAAGGGCAAUUUGCCUCUGGAUGGCGCUCCCGUGAUUGUGAAAACGGAACCUUGGGAUGGUAAAGAUGGAGAGAUCAUUGAAGAGGAUGAAUUUUCCCUUGAAGAACUCAUGGGGGAAGACGCUACCAACAAGGAUGAGUUAUGAUCAACUUAAAGCAGUAUAGCAGAGAGCAGAGAGAGAGAGAGAGAGAGGAAGAGAGAGUUGGCUAAACACGAUUUUGUUGUUACCAACAAUGGAUUUGGCUUAUGUGGCAUUCAAUAGCUACUGUAUUUAAAUGAUUUAAGUGGCUUAAUUUCGGUGGUGAAAGUGAUCCUUGUGAGGAAUGCUA